AUGUAUAAUUUUACCUUAGACCGCCCGUUUGGAAUUUACCUUAAUGAUUAUUUGGACCCAGCUUACAUUUAUUUAACAGGAGAUAAACCUCAGGAAUUUAAAUUUGUCGCAGGUGUUACUCCACUUUCUGCCAUUAAAGAAGUUGUAUUUGGUUGCAUCAUUUAUCUCUCCUUGAUAUUUGGUGGUCAAAAACUUUUGGCUAAUGAAAGAGCCAUCAAAGCUAAAUUGGUCUUUCAAGUUCACAAUUUUUUGUUAACUAUAUGUUCAGCUGCAUUAUUAAUACUUUAUUUUGAACAAUUGCUUCCCAUCUACUGGCGAAAUGGAAUAUUUUACUCCGUAUGUGACAAUAAUGCCUGGACCCAAAGAUUAGAAUUAUUAUAUUACUUAAAUUAUCUUAUUAAAUGGUGGGAACUUUUAGACACUAUCUUCUUGGUGUUGAAAAAAAAAAAAUUAGAAUUUUUACAUGUUUAUCAUCAUAGCAUGACAAUUAUUUUAUGUUAUACCCAAUUACGUGGAAGAACUUCAGUGUCAUGGGUUCCUAUAACUUUAAACCUAAUAGUCCAUGUUUUCAUGUAUUAUUAUUAUUUCCGAACCGCCGGAGGCGCAAGAAUUUGGUGGAAGAAAUAUUUGACGACUAUGCAGAUUACUCAAUUUAUAAUUGAUUUAGGUUUCGUUUACUUUUGUUCAUAUACCUAUUUCACUUCCACAUAUUGGCCUUGGAUGCCGAACUUUGGUUCAUGCGCCGGUGAAGAAAAUGCAGCCUUUUUCGGUUGUGGAAUAUUAAGUAGUUAUUUACUUUUGUUCAUCGGAUUUUACCAGAAAACUUAUAAUGCUAGAAAACCAUCGGUGAAAGAAAAUAAAAAAGAUUGA